AUAUUACCCUUAUUCUCUCGCUUUUUGAUUUCAAAUCUGUUCUUCUUUUUCUUUCUUUUUCUGUCUGAGGAAAAGUAGAAGAAAGACACAGUGCCCUAGAUUUGCUCUUCUCUGCUUCGGAAGAAAGUGAAACAGAACAACGUAAAAUUGCAAUGGCUUUCGCUUCCUUCCUUGGCAGAGUCCUCUUCGCUUCGGUCUUUAUACUCUCUGCUUACCAAGAAUUUAAUGAGUUUGGAGUUGAUGGUGGGCCUGCAGCGAAAGCACUCAGACCAAAGUUUGAUGCAUUUACACAUCGCGUGCAUUCUCAAGUUGGCUUUCAACUCCCCCAGAUUGAUACGAAAAUUUUAAUUGCUGGGGCUAUUGCUCUCAAGGGCCUUGGAGGAGUUCUUUUCAUAUUUGGCAGCUCUUUUGGAGCUCUCCUUCUGCUCCUGCAUCAGCAUAUUGCUACUCCUAUCCACUAUGAUUUUUACAAUUAUGAGAGUGAGGACAAAGAAUUUACUCAACUUUUCAUCAAAUUUACACAGAAUAUGGCUCUCUUUGGGGCUCUGUUGUUUUUCAUCGGCAUGAAGAACUCCAUCCCUAGAAGACAACACAAGAAGGCACCGAAAACAAAAACCUAUUAGUAGCAGAAGCAUUGGAGGACCCCUUUCAAGGAGGGGGGUCAUCGUAUCCUCAGAAAUGUACCAGGAUUUGGGUUGGAUGCUCUCUUCUCUGGUUCAGAAUCAAUCUUCCUCCCUUUGAGUUUUGUAGUUUUGGCUUCACUUGGAUUAAAUUAUUGGCUAUUAUUUUGUAUGAUCUUGUUAUCACGGCUUUAGGAACUAUCUUUCAGUUACACUUGUCUGUCAAAAAUGAAAACAAAAGGUGAGAAGCCCUGGCUCUUGAACUUCAUAAUGCCAAUUUCAUUCUGUUCUGUCUUUCUUGAUGUAAGGUCGUCAAAGCCUGGCAUGUGAAGUUAUGUAUAACUUAACGGGGUUUUCUUCCUACACCCCCUAAUAUUUCUUCUGCACCCCCAAA